CACCAUUGCAGAACCGUUCUCUUCAUCCGCUGACGGAGAUGCGGUGAAGUGAGGGAGUGAAAAACGAGAAAUUAGGAUUUCGAGGACAGCGAAGUGCUUGGAACACGAAAAACCAAUUGCACGAGUACUCAAGAGGGAUGAAUUCAACUGAGUAAUGAAGCAAAAGGAUUUAAUUAUACACUUUUAUAUAAAUUAAAAGAUAUAAAUAUCAUAAAAUAAGUGAAAAACGACACGACUGGUAAGACAAUUAUUUAAAAAUACUUAAACAAAAUGACUUGCAUAUCAAAAAAGAAAUUUAUUAUUAAGUAGGACAAAUGCUGUGAUACGAAUUAUGCUUAUUUCUAAUAGCCUAUUUUAACCGCGUAUCCAAAAUCACGAUACAGAACGUUGCCACAAAGAAGCAAUUUUCGCGCUUGAAGUGAAACUAUGUAGUUUUGGUGAUACAACUAUUCAAUCAUCGAAAUUUCAUCGGAUACGUUUACGAAUGAAAUUUCCCCGCGCGUGUAACACGAUAUAAAAGUGCUACAAUAAAACAAUCCGUAUUGUGAAAAAGAGAGAUUGUUUCAAUGCGUGUCGUUCGCAAGUCGGCCGCGCGCAGAAUGCAACUCGCUACGCCCGAUGCAAUCGCAUCCUAUUAAUGAAUGUAGUUCGCAUCCGCGGCACGCGCGUUAAGAUCGUUACGAAAUCUCGCGUCACGUGUACGGGAACCGAAAGUGCAAGGAAGGAAGGAAGGAAGGAAGGAAGGAAGGAAGGAAGCAAACACGUGAGGCAUUAUUAAACUUCUUGUGCUCUAAUCCGGGUGUAACGUGCGUGGUUUACGUGGUUGGAACGAAAACUAUGCGGCACGAUGAGGGGUCCAAGAAGAAUCGGUGGUGGCCUACCGAGUGGGAAAAAGCUGGACUACUGCCAGGAGGUGCGUCAAGCUCGAGGAGUGUUGCUAGUAUACUUGAGCAUUUGUGCAUUGCUACCCGGCGCUAUUUUCACCGCGUCAGCACACGUACACGUAACAUCUAGCGAAGAUGCGCAGCGGCAUGUAAACGAUGCCAGUAAUGAUUUGAUGGAAGAUCUGCCCGUUUUCGAGCCGACAGCAACGAACGUCAGUGCAUUUGUAGGGCAAACCGCAUAUCUACCAUGCCGCGUGCGAAACUUGGGCGACAAAGUAGUUUCCUGGAUGAGGAGCAGGGAUCUUCAUAUCCUUACUUCAGGAAAUUUUUCGUUCAGCUCGGAUGCGCGAUUCGGACCUCAGCACACCCCAGGCAGCGACGCCUGGACUCUCAGGCUGGAUAACGCCAGGAAGACGGAUUCUGGCAAGUACGAGUGCCAGGUCAAUACGGAACCGAAGAUCAUGUAUGCAGUGCAGCUCUCUGUGCGAGAUCCAGACAGAUCAGAGGGCUAUGACGAGCCGCAUUCUCAGCAGACACGUAUAAGCUACGAGAGCACAGCACCGGUAGCAGACAUAAUGGGUCCCCGGGAGCAAAGGGUGCCAUCGGGCUCUACGAUCACCCUGAGGUGCGUCAUAUUGUCGCCGUAUCAGACCCGUCCCAUCAGGGGUGUACAAUGGCUUCGGGAUAACAAACUCCUAACAUUCCAGGCAGCGCGCGGUGGUAUAUGUGUAGAGACCGAAAGGGGUGCAGCACGUACGGUAUCCGUGUUGACUUUGGCGACGGUGACUCAAGAUGACGUCGGGAACUAUUCAUGCAGGCCGACGGAGGGUCGAUCAGCCACUGUCACUUUAGUCGUUGAGGAAGAGGAACGCACGGAAGCCAUGCAACGUGACGCCGGAUACGUCUCUUCCGGAAGUGACGUCAGGCACUGGCCCGGACUUCUGCUUCCGUUUUCGUGGUUUCUAAUACUCGCGCGCAACAGCCAAACUUUCUUGCUCUAGCGCACACCCGACAGUAUUUCACGCUUAUUUCUUGCAGUUUCCAACGCUGAAAUGUACCUAAAAUGCGACCAACUCCGCAAAUUUAGAUUGUAAAGAUAAACUUUUAUAGAUCUUAAGAACAUAUUUAUAAAUCGCGUUAUACGAUACAACAAGUGAAAAGAUUAUGCAAAAAAUUCGAACAUGAGCCAUUUCAUGGAUUCAACUUUAUCUUUCAUAUUAAUUGCAGAUACGUACAAAAAUAGAGUUAUAAAAAGUUUGAUUAGCUCUUAAAAAUAUUAUAUAGAUCGUAAGAUAUAAUUAUGUGGUGAUGGAUAAAUUAGAAUAGCAAUUAAUUUAUAUAAUUAUUUAGUGUGCAUAAUGCAAUUAAAGAAAAUAGGGUAAAUAUUAAUGCGUGUGUUUAUAAAGUUAACGUUAAUCUAUCUUUACAACUUUACAAGUAACAGAAAAAGUAAACAAUAAUUAUAACUAGUUAAAUUUUUAAAAGUAUAUAUACAUAUUUUAAUGUAGAAAUUACGAAUCACUCCGUAACGGAAACAUAUAUUGGUUGCAGCAAAAUGAUAAAUGUAGAUUUUAUGAAAUGUAGAUUUUACAGUUUUUUUUUACAGAUAAUGGUUACACAUACACAAAACGAGUUUUUAUUACAAUAAAGCAAAUUCAUAUAUAAUUGAGGAAGAAUAUAAAUGAGAAGUUGGAUCAUAAAUAAUUUAAGAUCUUUUUGUCAUAAUAUAUUAUAGUAGCGAAAAUGUAUUCGUAAAAUAAUCUUUGCUUGAUAAGUUACAGAAGUCUUUUCCGUCCGUGCUUAAAAAUCCUCGACUUUUUCUCAUUAAUUAAACCGCAAUAAAUUUCGUAUAUUCGUUCAAAUCUCCGAUUGUGCAUACAAGAUAACAAGAGUAGGUUUUCUUUGAAAGAAUUUCACGCAAAUGGGAACAAAAAUAAAAUGUUCUUGCACAAGUUUUCUCGUGUGCUGUCUCGUAAAUUUAGCUUCGUGCGCAAAUAAUUCAUUAAAUGACCUGUGAUACUCCAUUUGAUCUCAAUGUUCCGGAACGUUCUUUUCGCUGCGCCCUCGCAAUUCACGGCGUUUCUUUGAGCGCAGCUCUUAAAGUCAAUGGGAUUAAAGCGGCCGCGCAGCGCCAAAGGAUGCGGAGGUAAUUUGAUAUCGUGUAUCGUGCUAUAUCCUUUCGUUCGAAGAGUCGAGGAGAAUGCGUCAUGAAUUUCAUGAAAUUCCGACGAAUAAGUGUCUAUUGUAUGUUACACUCUUUACUUUAUCAUGUCUUUCUUACAUAUAAAUAAUAAAAAAACUCGUCGGAUUUUUACAGCGAAAAAUAAGGUACGUAUUAAUUUUAAUAACUUAUUAUUAUCUGUAUUUUUCGUUUAAUAAGAAUUAUAUAGCGGAGAAGAACAAAAAUAAUUUUAUGAUGUAAAAGUGUUAUAUAAACAUUAUUUUCCACAAAUAAUACAUAUACAUGCAAUCAUGCAAUUCUUAUUCGACUUACGUAUUGCACGGAAUAAAUUCCGAUAACAUAAUCACUAGCCUAGCUGAAUUAUGCUUUUUUUAUAUCGAAUAAGACAAUGUUUGCUUAUUCAUGUUUAUUCCCGUACGUAAAAGAAAAUAACGUAUGUUCGAAUUUGUAAAAUACGGGUACAUGUGUGCAUUAUAGCAAUUUCUCUUGUCAUGCAUCGUGAAUUUUGAAGACAUAAUUCUCCUUAAAUUCGCAAUUCCACUACGCCGGUAUUUAACUCUCAUAGUGGUAGUUUUGAUGUGUUAUGAAUUACAAAUAAGAUGGACAAAAAGUCACAGCGUGACAGGCGCGAUUACAUAUUUGAUCACAAAGGUGAAUUGCCUGCGCGACAAGAAAGUACGACUGAAGAAACACGGAACAACGAAUGCAUUAACUCUUUUUAAUGUUUUUUUAAUGCUGUAUUUACAGAUAUACAUUAUUCUUUCUGCAACAGAUGCUAUUUAUAACAAACUACAUUCACGAUUAAAAUUUGAUUAGAAAAGAAUCAUUUCCUAAAUGAUUUUUAAUUUAAAUAUGACAAAAUUUGUUUAUUUCUAAAUAUUUGUUGUCAAGAAUUUGAAAAAUAGACUACAUUUUAUACUUAACUUAAUGUUUGUAUUUAAUAAUUUUAUGGUUGUAUAGUAAAGAUCAUAAAGAGCGA